UAUAAAUAUAUAUUACAAAAAUUAUGAAAACAAUAAUUGAGUUAUAAAAAGUGAAAAUAAAUACUCAUGAUGUUGCACUGUUCAAAAAAAAAAAUACAUUUGCGCGGAUAUACGGAUCACAUUCUAAAAAUAUGGAUGAUGUCAUAAUAUAAACUAUAAAAUUAUUAUGUUUAGAAAUGUCACAUAAAAAAUUACUUAAACGGAUACAUUUUAAAAUUUAUAUUAUCCCUUGUACAAAUAAAUAUUUAUUUAUAUAAAAAAGGUAAAUCAAGUUCUAGUAAGUAGUAACCCCAUUAUAAUUCAUACCGAAUCCAAUCUUGAAGUCUAAUUCUGUGUUUCAGAGUUAGCUUCCUCUCUCUCGACAAGCUUAUAAUGGCUGCAGGGAUUGUAAUAUCAAAACUAAUUCCGAUAAUUUCUUACAUAUCCUUUUUAGACCUAGUUGUUUCAUUCAACACCAUAAUACCAACCUCUCCAACCUCUCUACAGAUGACUUCAUCAAUUCUCUCCUUAGAAACACAAAUGUCGAUUUCCCACUCGAGCAAACGUUCUUUGCCCCUUCCAAAAAUGUCUCUAUGUAUAACGAAGUCCUUGAAUGUGCGGCUGAGAAUCUCCGGUUCUUGGGUAAAACCAUGCCUAAACCGGGAUUCAUAUUCAAACCGAUUGACGAGUCUCACGUCCAAGCUUCCGUUAUUUGUUCCAAGAAACUCGGAAUUCAUCUUCGUUUCAGAAGCGGCGGUCACGACUACGAAGGGCUGUCUUAUGUAUCGGAGAUGAAAAAACCAUUUAUAUUGAUGGAUCUGUCAAAGCUGAGAAAGAUCGAUGUUAAUAUUGAAAAGAACAGGGCUUGGGUUCAAGCUGGUGCUACUAUUGGUGAACUUUACUACAGGAUUGCAGAAAAGAGCCAAGUUCAUGGCUUUCCGGCGGGUUUGUGCUCAAGCAUAGGCAUAGGAGGGCAGAUAACAGGAGGUGCGUACGGUACUAUGAUGAGGAAACAUGGUCUCGGUGGAGAUAACAUGCUAGACGCCAAGAUGAUUGAUGCCAUUAUCCACUUCCAGGAACUUGAGAUCACUUCAAAAUACUUUUAGUAGGAAUCACUUAAACAAUCUCAACAGACUUGUUUAAUCAGUUUUACUGGAUCACACACAGCCGUGUAUCUAGACUGAUCAAUUCCUAACACUUCAAAACGUGAGAAUCACAACCUAAGGAUCUACCCUUACAAUUCUCUCGUUAUAGCUUUUUCAAACCCAAAACCCUUUUUUUCUUCUCUUCAAAAGGCACAGUCAAUCCUCUUUCCAAGCUGCCUUUUUAUACUCUCGAUCAUCCCAAAUAUCCACGAGAUCUUCUUUCCUUAUUUUCCUCAUGGACUUGUAACUACUUCGAUUCUCAAUCUUGUGUUUCCCAAGUCUCAUCUCGGUUUAGUAAUCUCAUGCUUUGUCUUCAUCUCGUACCGGCUACAUCACUCUUGUGUCUCACCAAUACUUGGUUCAAUAAUCUCUCCCUUUUUGUCUGCAUGAGUAUCAUUAUCCACGAUAACGAUCCUGCACACAGAUCACUCAAACAUUGCUGUCACUAACAGUCAUGAUGUAUGAAUAUUACACCCCAUCCCGCAGGAAUGAACCACCCAAACGACUUCCCCCCCCCUGGAUGUGAGACUUAUCAAACAAAAAUCUAAACACCAGAAAGCGACUCCCCCCAUAACCUGUCAUGUCCUCUCUUUCAUUCACACACAAUAUUAGACUAUUUCAAUUAAGUAGAGAUACAUGAUCAAUCUUUUUGGCUUAGGUGCCAUCAUUUUGAACAUGAUCAAGACAAGUGUUUUCAGAAAUUUCACCAACUCAAACACGUAACCUCACAGCUCAACUUUUCAAAUUUGUUUUGGUCCUCUACACAAGCUCACACUCUUCAUUAUCGAAUUAUUUUUCCCUUGCCUGCACGUUUCUACCCCACAUCACUAAUUAACAUCAUUGCAACCAAUAGAUACUGCCUUUCUCAGCCGAGAUGCAAUCUUAUCUUACUAAUGUGGUACCUCUUACCCUCAAGUUUUAGUCUACAUUACUACCAGUAUCUUAUCUCGAAGAACUUCAUGUCAUCGGAGGAGUUAUCACGUUGUCUUAAGAGCACUCCGUUCAUUAAAAGAUUUACUUAGGUACUGUGUUUCCCAGUUAGGAUGCAUUCAUACAUCAUCUUAACACAUAACAAUUUUCUCAAUUAUUGUUUUUUUAAUGUAUGUGUUCUCUAAGAAUUCAACAGGCCCCUUCUUAACAAUCUAUGACCUUAACCUUUAUAGACAGAUAGCUCGUCAGGCUUUACUAGGAACAGUGAACUUCUCCGAAGACUAGAUUCAACUCAGUCCGAACAAUGAUCUAAUUCAGACUCAAAUUGUUGUAACAGCCUGAUCCAACAAGAGUGUUCAUCCUUCUGAGACUGACAAUUGUAAUUUCAACCAAUUUCCUAAGGUAGUUUGAUACUCUCCACUAGGUUGCACGAGUUUAUGAACAAGAGAGAUUUAUUAUAUACAGGGGGAAAUCAUCUAGAGAUCUAUGUUUGCCUUCAGAGGAAUUUGAUCCCAAGAACCUCUCGUACAUGCAAGAGGCUACUGAGAUCCAAGGGCGUUCGAAACACAUCUAGCAAUUGAUUCACCGAGGUCCUAUGUUUGAGUAUGGCUAAUUUUUCUUCUAACAUGUUGAACACAAAGUGAUGUUUUACGUUAAUGUUUCUAGUUCUAACAUAAGCAUUUAU